AUGUCCUCUGGUUUCGCAAAUUCCUUCUGGUCCGGCGACUACGCUGGAGGCCUGGGCGUGCUGUUCGGGAAGCUUCAGCAAGGCGUCCAGGAAAACGAGCAGGUCCUCACAAUAGCCCGUCUGCGCGCCGAGGCCGAAGAGGCCUACGCCACGAAGCUCUCUGAGAUCGCGCCUGCCACCGACCGCCUGUCUGGCGGGUUUGGCCGCGACGAUGGCGCCAGUGUGCGCAAGGCCUACGAAGGCGUCCGCACCGAGAUGGAGCAGGCUUCGCAGAGCCACAAGAAGAUCGCGUCCAACAUUCGCGAGCUCGUCGUCCAGCCGUUCGGCCGCUGGUGCGAGGCGCACGCUGCGCGCGUGCAGAACUCGCAGGACGACCUGCAGGCCCGGAUCAAGGUGCACGACAAGCAGGCCGAGGCCGUCCGGAAAUUCCGCAGCCAGUACUACAACAAGUGCCGCCUGGUCGAGGAUCUGGAGGAAGAGGACAAGCUCGCUUUCCAAGACCCCAGAACCGAGGCGCAGAGCCCCAAGAACACCCCUACCGUGAAGAUUUCCGAGCCUGAGGAUGUCGAGGAUGAGCCCAUCGAAAUCGGCGACGAGACCUACCACCCCGAACAGAUGAAGAAGAUCCUCUCCCACAUGCUUGAGAACAUCAAGCUGGGCGAGUACAAGCUCCCCAUCAUCGGCACCUACCAGAAUGUCGCUUCCGGCGCCGACAUCACCGACUACAUCCAGAAGCACAUGGGCGCAACGAGCGUGAGCUACGCCGAGAGGAUCGGCCAGGAUCUGUGCUCGCACGGCUUCCUCAGGCUGCUGGGCAACGUGGGCAGCACCUUCGCAAAUAGCUCCAAGAUGAACUACCAGUUCCGGCCCAAGGUCUUCCAAAUCACCGGGAUUCCCGAGAAGAAGAAGCCGCUUGAGAGAGUGUCGUCCGUCAUGUCCUCGGACAGCAACACCGCCGACUCGCCAUCCAGCGCUGUUGGCGAGUUCCUGUCCGGCUGGAAUCCCAUGAACACUGCCCGCCCGGGCGAGACUCCGGCCGAGAAGCUGCGCCGCGAGGCCCGCGAGGCAGACGAGCGGUACAAGGCUGCCGUGAAGAAGCUGGAUUUCCUGCGGUGCAACUUGGAAGAGUCGAUGGUAGACCACUUGAAGUUCAUGGAGCGUUGCGAGUUGGACCGCCUGAAGGCCAUCAAGGCCGUGAUCCUGGACUUCUCGGGCGCCAUCAGCAACGUCAUGCCAACUUUGCAGAGCACGAUCGACAAGAUGAUGCUCUUCCAGGAGACUGUCCAGCCUCUGGGCGACCUGAGGUAUCUCCUGGAGAACUACCGCACCGGCCACUUCGUCCCCAAAGUCGUGACUUACGAAAACUACUACAAUAAUGUUGAUGAGCAAACCUUUGGCGUUGAUCUCGAAGCCAGGGCCCGCUCGGACCGCAAGCGGGUGCCGAUUAUUGUUACCUCGAUUCUGACCUUCCUCGACAACCACUACCCCGAUCUCGAAGGUGAUGAAGCACGCCGUGGAAUCUGGCUGGUGGACGUGCCUUUGGCGGCAACCCACAAGCUCCGGGCCGAGAUCAACACCGGCAAACCCUUUUCCCACGAAAUUCUCGAGCAGUAUGAGAUACCCAUCGUCGCUAGUGUUUUGAAAUUGUACCUCCUGGAGCUUCCUGAUUCGCUCGUCUCAUCUCACGUUUACGAAAUUGUCAAGACCAUCUACAGCACGACUGCUCCCUCAACGAGCGAAGAUGCGCGUCUUUCGGUCAUCCAGUCGACCCUCGGUCAGCUUCGCCUUGCGAACAUUGCCACGCUCGAUGCGAUUACCACUCACUUCGUCCGCCUAAUUGAGCUCACUUCCGCGGACGAAACUUAUGUCGCCACCCUGGCAACCACGUUGUCCCCUUGCAUUUUGAGGCCGCGCCAGGAGAACUCGCUCACGAUGAAUGAGCGUUAUUCUUACCGCCUGAUCCGUGACCUGUUCGCCCACAAGGAUCCCAUCUUCGGCGAGCUGAAGCGCGCUUCGGCCCUCGCACACAGCAACUCCACCUCUGCCCGGCCGCGGGCAAUCAGCACCGACGAGAGCAACCGGCGCAUCCACAUGGAGGAGCGCGCGCGGGCCAUUGCCUCGCGCAGCCGCGCGUCGAGUCCCGCGCCAACGCCACGUGUACAUCGACGGGAUCGUAGCACAGGAGGACCGGAGACUCGCUUUCCGAUCGCUACCAGCAACACCAGUCCUACAGAGCGUCGUGGAACUGGAGGAAAGGCACGCGAUUCCCUUGAGGUCCCCGGGAGUGCUGAGAGCUCGCCCAUUCUCAAUGACUCCCCCCCAAAGCCCAUCGCGACGAACGGUACUGCCGCCUCGGUUGCCAGUACAGGUUCGAACAGGGACAGCAUCGCAUCCACCACCAUCUCCGCUUCCAAUCGGGACAGCAUCACGUCCGACGGUUCCUCUACGCCCACCAGUGCGACUACGGUCGAAAAGAGAAACUCUCUCGGGCGCUCCAGUGCCGCUGCCUCCCGAUUCCCCAGAAAGUCCGGCAGCCUGGCAAGACAAAGUCUGAUCGGCACCGGCAAGCGCGACAGUAUGGGCAGCCUGCGUGACGUUGACGCCACCUCAGCUCCAAUCGAGGAUGCUCAGGCCAGGCCCGUGGGCGUCGAGCUCGUCGAUAAGCCAAUGGAUGACUAA